UCCAUAAAUACAAACAUAAUAAAGUUUGGUUCAUUUAGUUUUUUCAUUAUGAAUAUGUAAACUUUUCAUUUGCUUUCUAAAACUGUAUGCAAAUGUAUUUGACUAUAGUUCUUUGUUUCCUUAUCUGGAGCCCCCUGGACGCGCUCCAGUGUAAAUGAAAUGUUCUGACGUCAUCAAUUUAUUUCAAUCACUGUUUCCAAGUCUGACGGUAAAUAGUAUAGGUGAACACCAUCAGGCAUUUCUAAAUAGCUGUCUUUGGCAAACUGCAAUUUAGAAUCCUAUUAUGUAUGUAACUUUACUUUUUUUUUUUUAUAAGGCCGUAUUAUUAAGAUGGAGCAUGAAUCAUAUGGGAUCCAGGUAAAUGGUAACAGUGUCCACCGUGAUUACGGGAGCCUCUACCAGGCAAAAAUGAAAAGCAAGAAGCCCAAAUGGAAUAUCAAAGCCUCUGAGAUGUCAAGAAAAACUUUUAACCCUAUCACGGCUAUCAUGGACAGCAUGAAGGUUGAACCGAACCCAAGCAAAAAUAUGAUAGCGUUGUCUAUAGGUGACCCAACAACUUUUGGAAAUCUUCCUACUGAUGACAAUGUUCUACAAGCUAUGAAGGAAGCUAUUGAUUCAAAGAGAUUUAAUGGCUAUGCACCUGCGAUAGGUUAUCAGAAAAGUCGGGAGGCUGUUUCCAGUUCCUACAGUUGUCCAGAAGCCCCUCUGGGUGCGAAGGAUGUUAUCCUUACAAGCGGGUGCAGUCAGGCUAUUGAGUUGGCGAUUGGUGUGCUGUGCAACCCUGGUCAGAACAUCUUGGUACCCCACCCAGGCUUCUCUCUGUAUAAAACACUGGCAGUCUCCAUGGGUAUUGAUGUCAGACUCUACAAUUUACUGCCUGAGGAAUCCUGGGAAAUCGAUCUCAAACACCUGGAAUCAUUAAUUGAUGAUAAGACUGGCUGCAUUAUUGUCAACAAUCCUUCUAACCCCUGUGGGUCGGUCUUCAGCAAAUCACACCUUCAGAAGAUCAUCGGGGUUGCUUCCAGGCACUGUACCCCAAUACUGGCUGAUGAAAUCUAUGCUGAAAUGGUCUUCUCUGGAAGCAAGUAUACCUCUGUGGCUUCUCUGAGCGCGGCUGUCCCAAUCCUGUCCUGUGGUGGUUUAGCAAAGCGGUGGCUUGUACCUGGAUGGAAAAUGGGGUGGAUUCUGAUUCACGACAGAAAAAAUUUAUUUGGCAAUGAGAUAAGGGAAGGCUUAGUCAGGCUAAGCCAGAGAAUUUUGGGGCCGUGCACAAUUGUUCAGGGAGCACUGGAAGCCAUCAUUAAUAAAACGCCUCAAGAAUUUUAUGAUAACACCAUCAGUUUUCUAAAGUCCAAUUCAGACAUCUGUUAUAGUGCUCUGUCUACUGUUGCUGGCCUCAGACCAAUCAAGCCGUCAGGUGCCAUGUAUCUGAUGGUUGGAAUCAAUAUGGAGCACUUCCCAGAGUUUGAGAGUGACGUGGAUUUCACAGAGAAGUUAAUAGCAGAGCAGUCAGUCUUCUGCCUUCCUGCCACUUGCUUUGAGUACCCAAACUUCUUCAGGAUAGUGGUGACGGUGCCUGAGGAUAUGAUGUUGGAGGCAUGUACCCGGAUCAGGGAGUUCUGUGAACAGCAUUACCAUCUGUACCCAGACAGCAUUAUACAAGACACAGAGCGUGACAAGUGAAGAGUGCUUAGUGCUGCUGCUGGAAACAUGGAACACUCGAUUUCAGUCAUAUUCAACUCAGCUCCAGCUACAAGGACAGAUAGGCAUCUGCCCAUCUAAAUCUGUAUAUCAACACUUUAGUGAAACACUUACAUCAAACGAGGACCGUGUGAAUCUACUCUGACCUACCAAAAAUAUAUUAAACACUUUAUACUUUGUGCUGUCCCCAUCUCCCUUGGCUUUUGUGAUCAAACGUCCAGGGCAUAGAUUCAUUGGCAAAUCUGUUUUGGACAAGACUGAGGUGCUUAAUUUACUCAUAGCCAGGUUCAAUUUGGUGUGGAGUUUCAAAAUUUUUUGGUAAAUAAGAAUUAAGUAAGAACUACUUUUCAUGAUAUCUCACCUGACUGGCUGAGCAUUUGGAAGCUAUAAAUUAGGAAUAGCUUGUUCAGUUUUCGUGAAACUAUAUGGGAAUUAAUUAUGUUUUUUUUUUUUUCAUAGUAAUAGUGGUUGCUCUAAUAAUGUAGUUACUGCUAAAAUUCAAAAGCUUUUGAAACACAUUUUGGUCUUACUUUUGACUGUCACAUUUAAACUCUUCCUUGACUAUCCUUUGUAACCUACAAAAUGCACCUAUUUGUCUAGGUAAUUUAUACAGCAAAAAUGGUACUUUAUUUCAAGUGCAGUUAACACUUAUUAUCUUGUAUUUUGUAAGUACGAACUUUAUUGUUAUUUAAUCUUACUACGUUUAAUAUGAUGGUGCCUUGCCUCAUCGUGUUUUCUACCAAAUGUAUUUUAAAACAUUUCUAUAUGUUAAGAAGCAAUAUAAAUGUCAGAAAAAUGCUCUCAUAAAAUAAUACUACUAAAUAAUGUAUUUCUGUUAGUCACCUGAUUCAACUGCUUACUGCUAUAGUUUAUUCUCAGUAAAUGUGUGAAAUUGGUGAAAAUAGCUUUA